GUCUCUCCUCCGGAUUUGGACUUGCCUCUCCUCGGCACCGCAUCAUGCGGGCUUGGCCGGCCCCUCGCGAGGAGCCGGAACGCCGCUGCCGCCGCCGCUAUUCCAGCCGCCAGACCCCGGACUCCCGCGGGGCCGCCGUCGCCAUGAGGCGCUGAGAACCGCGGCCCGCAGGAAAGCCCGGGAGGCCGCUCCGCCGCCGAGCAAGCCGUCAAAGCCGAGAGUCGAACCUCGCCUGGCCGCUCGCUCGCUCCCUCUCCCGCCCGCGGCCCGUCCGAGACCAUGUAAACCGGAGACCGGCUAAAGCCCGAAGGCCGGCCCCGAAGAGCGGGGAGGGCGCCGGAGCUGCUGGCUCGGGAAGGCCCGGAGCGCGCGUGGGUUGGGGGGGAAGAACAUGGCGACGUCUAAUCUCUUAAAGAAUAAAGGGUCACUUCAGUUUGAAGACAAGUGGGAUUUUAUGCGCCCAAUUGUUUUGAAGCUUUUACGCCAGGAAUCUGUUACUAAACAACAAUGGUUUGAUCUAUUUUCAGAUGUCCAUGGAGUUUGUUUGUGGGAUGAUAAAGGCCCAGCGAAAAUACAUCAGGCCUUGAAAGAAGAUAUCCUUGAUUUUAUUAAGCAAGCACAAGCGAGGGUGCUCAGCCACCAAGACGAUACUGCAUUACUGAAAGCCUAUAUUGUAGAAUGGCGUAAAUUCUUCACACAAUGUGAUAUCUUACCCAAGCCAUUUUGUCAGUUAGAGAUUACUCUCAUGGGUAAACAAGGCAGCAAUAAAAAAUCCAAUGUAGAAGACAGUAUUGUACGGAAGCUCAUGCUAGAUACCUGGAAUGAGUCCAUAUUUUCAAACAUAAAAACUCGCCUUCAAGACAGUGCAAUGAAGUUGGUCCAUGCUGAACGGUUAGGAGAAGCAUUUGACUCUCAACUUGUCAUUGGUGUUAGAGAAUCUUAUGUUAAUCUGUGUUCCAAUCCUGAUGAUAAACUCCAGAUUUAUCGGGAUAAUUUUGAAAAAGCAUACCUAGAUUCAACAGAGAGAUUUUAUAGAACUCAAGCCCCUUCAUAUUUGCAGCAGAAUGGCGUACAAAACUAUAUGAAAUAUGCAGAUGCUAAACUAAAGGAAGAAGAAAAAAGAGCACUACGAUAUUUAGAAACAAGGCGUGAAUGUAACUCUGUAGAAGCACUUAUGGAGUGCUGUGUAAAUGCUUUGGUGACCUCCUUUAAAGAGACAAUUUUAGCUGAAUGCCAAGGCAUGAUCAAACGCAAUGAAACGGAAAAAUUACAUUUAAUGUUUUCUUUGAUGGAUAAAGUUCCUAAUGGAAUAGAGCCUAUGUUAAAAGAUUUAGAAGAGCAUAUUGUUAAUGCUGGAUUAGCAGAUAUGGUAGCAGCUGCAGAAACUAUUACUACUGAUUCUGAAAAAUACGUAGAACAAUUACUUACACUGUUUAAUAGAUUUAGCAAAUUAGUUAAAGAAGCUUUUCAAGAUGACCCAAGAUUUCUUACUGCUAGAGAUAAAGCAUAUAAAGCAGUGGUUAAUGAUGCUACAAUAUUUAAACUUGAAUUACCAUUGAAACAGAAGGGUGUUGGAUUGAAGACACAACCAGAAUCCAAAUGUCCAGAGUUACUUGCAAAUUAUUGUGAUAUGUUAUUAAGAAAAACACCACUAAGCAAAAAAUUAACCUCUGAAGAAAUUGAAGCAAAACUUAAAGAAGUGCUAUUGGUACUCAAGUAUGUACAGAACAAAGAUGUUUUUAUGCGAUACCACAAAGCUCAUUUAACAAGGCGUCUUAUAUUGGAUAUAUCAGCAGACAGCGAAAUAGAAGAGAACAUGGUUGAAUGGCUGCGAGAAGUGGGUAUGCCAGCAGAUUAUGUAAAUAAAUUGGCAAGGAUGUUUCAGGAUAUUAAGGUAUCUGAAGAUCUCAAUCAGGCCUUCAAGGAAAUGCACAAAAAUAAUAAACUGGCCCUCCCAGCUGAUUCUGUGAAUAUUAAAAUUUUAAAUGCUGGGGCUUGGUCCAGAAGUUCUGAAAAAGUUUUUGUAUCACUGCCAACGGAAUUAGAAGACCUUAUCCCCGAGGUUGAAGAGUUCUACAAAAAGAACCACAGUGGCAGGAAGCUUCACUGGCAUCAUUUAAUGUCCAAUGGAAUUAUAACUUUCAAGAAUGAAGUUGGCCAGUAUGACUUGGAGGUUACUACGUUUCAAUUGGCUGUGCUUUUUGCAUGGAAUCAAAGACCCCGAGAAAAAAUUAGCUUUGAAAACCUUAAACUAGCAACAGAACUUCCAGAUGCUGAGCUUAGGAGAACUUUAUGGUCUCUUGUCGCAUUUCCAAAGUUGAAACGUCAAGUUUUGCUGUAUGAACCUCUAGUCAAUUCACCCAAAGACUUUACAGAGGGAACUCUCUUCUCAGUGAACCAGGAGUUCAGCUUAAUAAAAAAUGCUAAAGUUCAAAAAAGAGGUAAAAUAAACCUUAUUGGUAGACUGCAGUUAACAACAGAGAGAAUGAGGGAAGAAGAGAAUGAAGGGAUAGUCCAGUUAAGAAUAUUACGAACCCAGGAGGCUAUCAUCCAAAUAAUGAAAAUGCGGAAGAAAAUUACUAAUGCUCAACUUCAGACUGAAUUAGUAGAGAUAUUAAAAAAUAUGUUCUUGCCACAGAAGAAAAUGAUAAAAGAGCAAAUUGAAUGGCUUAUAGAACACAAAUAUAUCCGAAGAGAUGAAUCUGAUAUCAAUACGUUUAUAUACAUGGCAUAGCUUAAGGAUUUACUGGAAAAGGCCAAGAAAUGUGCAUUGGGAGUGGUUUGGGCAGAAAAAAAUAUACAAGAAGACUGUGCUGUAAAAGGACUUGACCUGCAUUACUUACUCAAAUUCCUGCCUUACCUUACCAGAGGACUUCAUUUUGUCAAUCUCUCUCUCUCCUUUUUUUUUCCAGUUAGCAUGAUGGUGUUCCCCUCAUCUUGUGCACAUUUUUAACAGCAUGCUGGUUUUGUGGGGAAACAACAUUCACAGAGAGCCCAUUGUGAGAAUGUUAGGAUUUGAUUUGCACCUGGAAGAGAACAAAAUCUGGGAUUUUUAUAUUACAGAACUUGCACAAAGAAAAAAAAAUUCAGAUAUUCACGCACUGAAAAACUUGCUAGUUUUCAUUUUCACAUAAAAAAGAGAGAAGCAAAUAGAUUAGAUGUAGCACUUCACACUUUGUGCUUUGGAACAACUGCCUAAAUGUACUGUCCUCCUUUUGAUCUCUUCCCCAUGUAUAAUAUUUGAACAACACACAAAUGCAUCACAUCUAUAGAUACAUAUUUAUCUGUUAGCUUAAACAAGUGCUUCAGUAUGAAAAUUGGAUUGGAAUACUGGGAUGCUAGUAAUCCUAACAGGAUAUAUUACAUAUGUCAUAUAGUUUGCUUCAAUCUCCCCCCUCCCUCCUUUUUUAAUAUUCACUUUAUUCAUCGAAAGAUGUGUUUGUAGUGGAAAAAAAUAUUAAAUGUAUUUGUUAUACAUUUAAUAUUGAUAUUCACUACUUAGUAUGCUUUCAGAAAAGUAAUGCAUUAAACAUAACCAGUACACAGUUCCCUCAAAAUUGUUACAUUUUGACAAUUCUUAUAUAUACCUUUAUUUAUUUGAAAAUAACUAAACGUAUGUUUUUACACGUAAUCAUACUCUGAAGAAAAAAAGUGUGGAAGAAGGCAUGUCUUUUUGUCCAGUUUGACCAGAUAACAGAUUGAUCAAUUGCAUAGGCUGUUCACUUACUCUACCAACAACAGUCGUACCAUAGCCCCAUAAGUUUAGUGGGAUGUAUCAAACCCACCAUUAGUUGAAGGCCCUUUUCUCCGUUCCUUAAAAUUAAUCUGCCUCAGAUUUAAGUGAAGAAACAAAUACUAAGGCUGUGAAAUAUAGUUUAAUCUAUAGAAAGCAAAAAAAGUACAGAAUUUCAGAUUAAAAUAAAUGCUAGUAAAGGACUCCCAAGUUUUUAGCUUCUCUAAAUGAUUUCCUACUGUGCCAUAUUGCUAGCCCCUCUUUGCAAAGCUACGUUUGAAAUUUUAGCAGUGCAUACGAGUUUUGUCAUCUUUCAGUUGUUACAUUAGACUAUGGCUGCUAAUUGGUAGAAAAGUAAGAUCAAGACAGCGUAAUUGUGGGCCAAAUGAAUUUAGCAGUGCCAGGAAUAUAAUCCAGUGGAAAUGGAAAUCAGUUCAGGCUGUAAGGUUUUCUUUUUCUGAUUUCUCGUCUGUACUCCCUUGUAUACAAUCUUCCUAAGUAAAUUCUUAAAAAGUGCAUGAUAUGUCCACAGGGGAAGGAAAAUUCGUCCCCAUCCUCCAAAUUGGAAACUGAACUUUGAAUUCUGCCUCAAAACCUUGCACUGAUGCACACAUGCAGAUUAUAACUUCCACCUGUAAUGAAUGUCCCAGGGUUAGGUUGAGAGAACCCUACCAUAUUGCAGUGGAGAAUUGCAGACAUUCGUGGUUAUGAAAAAAGCAAGUAAAUGAAGACAGGGUGCUGACCUGAAGUUUCAUCUUCUGUAUUUAUGUGCAUUUUUUAUUACUUGUAGAACAGAGAUUAAUAUUUUUUAAAGCGCUGCAAAUUUAACAUAGGAUUGUUAAAAAUCUCAAUUUCAAAAUGUUGUGAAUAAAAGUCAGAAAAAAGUUGUAUAUAUUAUCCAACAUUCAAUAUAUGCUAAAGGAAAAAAAACUAAAAUUGAUUUACCAAGAAGUCUUUUGUACAUGCUACAAGAUUUCCAAAACUGCAUUUGAUUUGGAAAUAAAGUUAGAAAUGGGUAGAAAAAGACAAAAAGUUUUUUUUAGAAAGUAUGUACAUAUUUCUAAAAUUCUUUGGUAGAGUCCUUUUGACUUUGCUUCCUGUUACUUUGGCUGUGAAAGGAGCAGGCAUGCGGCAUUGAAUAUCCAACCAGCCCUAAACCUCAUAUUUAAUGACGUCCAAAUGCUAGCAAUCUGACUUUCAGAAUGAUUUCAUUUCUUAGCAGGGCAAGUCUUUUAAAAGUUACAUUUUGUGUCUGACUUCUAACUUCCUUUAGGUUUAAUGAAUAGCUCUUCAGAAUUACCUCUCUCUGCACUUCCUUUUGCCUCUUGGAAACAGAGAUAACUGAUGCAGUGUAAGAGAUAUUUUUUGAAGGGAAAAUUGCUAGGCACCCCAGGUACACAUGGAAUAGUUUUUGGAGCACUCGUGUGCCUGGAUGUUGCUAAUGGAAGACUGUCCUUAUUUACAUUAAAAAUAUUCAUUACUUGUGUCUUACCUUUUAUACCCAUUUCAUUCAUAAUUUAAGUGAGUUCAAAGCCAGAAAAUAUAACGAACAAUAUGCUAUAAAUCCUAGUUUCAGUACUUAAUACAAAUUGGAAUACAUGCCAUGUGAAACAUGAUUCAAAACUCACACCAGCAAUUUUCUUCCAGCUGCAGCAUCACAUUUAGCAUUUCUGCUCGGACACUUUCAACAAGAUGCCCUUAAGGCGAACUUUGUUGUGAAGGUAGCUAC